CAGAGUUCUACUUGACGGUACGACACCUUUCCACCUUCGCUUCACACGAACGAACGCCUUCGAUGGCAAACAGUUUAUUGACGCGACGCUUCCGAGCGAGUUCAACCGCAAAGUAUGUAUUUGAUCUCAUUUCGCAAUUAAUGAAAUCGAAAAUUCGUUGAAGUGAAACUCGAGAAGCACAAACGGAAAAUAAUCAAGAACAAAAAACUCAAAUAAAGAAAUUAAAAACGCGAGUGUUUGAUAUUCCAGUGAAAAUGAGAUUUGGCUUUAAUUUGCCGAGGAUUAUCACUGAUUGCAGAGGAUAAGUUGCGGCAACACGGCGCACAUUUUGCGUGAGUGUGUGUGUUUUGUGUGAAUUAAUUGCGAGACUUCAGGAAAGAUAGCAGUGAAUCGCCCACAAGAACUAACGGCAACCGAGAUAAAAGGUGGGCGCAUUAAGCGAUGCUGUCACUUCGCCGUGAUUGCAGACCUAACGUUACAGCGCGCUUAGUAAUUUCUAAAUAAAACACCAGGACAUCAUCGUGCAGUUAGAGGUAAAACAAAAAUUGUAUACACAUCCUAAAAAGUAUGGAAGCACGCAAAGCGAACGAAGAUAGCUUUAUUCGGAGUCCGUCUGGUCUUAUAUACUACACGGCAUCUACACCCAACAGCGCCAACAUGGCACAGUCGGUUUUGGAUCAACGACUUGUCAGCAAAUCAAAUUUUUCUUUGAUACACAGCACUGUUACCAGUGCCGUUACUGAAGUUUUGGAGAUUUCAAAUUCAUCGAGCGAAGAGUGGACACAUUUCUACGAUCUUAUGCUGUCUUGGCAAGGCAUUUGUUUUAUCGCAAUAUUUUGUGUGCUCAUCGUGAUCACGGUACUGGGCAAUACAUUGGUAAUAGUGGCGAUUAUAACCACACGACGCCUGCGAACCGUAACAAACUGUUUUGUAAUGAGUCUGGCGGUUGCGGAUCUUUUGGUGGGCAUUUUCGUCAUGCCACCUGCGGUAGCCGUACAUUUAGUGGGCUCCUGGCGUCUCGGCUGGAUACUUUGCGACAUUUGGAUAUCGCUCGAUAUACUGCUUUGUACCGCAUCCAUACUUAGCUUGUGCGCCAUCAGCGUGGACAGAUACCUGGCUGUGACAAAACCGCUGAAAUACUCACGUAAACGCCGUUCGAAACGCUUGGCGCUGUUAAUGAUACUGAUUGUUUGGGUGCUGGCGCUGGCGAUAACUUGUCCGCCCAUGCUCGGCUGGUACGAGCCGGGUCGACGUGACAGAAAUGAGUGCCGUUAUAAUCAAAAUAAAGGAUACGUCAUCUAUUCGGCCAGUGGCUCCUUCUUUUUGCCAAUGAUUGUGAUGCUUUACGUUUAUGCGCGCAUUUCCUGUGUUAUCGCCUCGAGGCAUGACAAAAUGACCCACACCAGUGUGCAUUGGAAGCGAUUCAGGCGUUACACUACGGUUGAUACUUACAAUUAUGCUGAGCAGGAUUUCUUCGAGUUGACACGCGAGAAGGCCUCGGAAGAGCGCAGAUUUUCCAAUCAAACCAUCAUUAAUGAGCUAACUGAAGUCAUGGUGCCCGAUGCGGAAAACGUCCGUCCACUGCUCAGCUUACCAAAGGCGAAUAGCGGUAAGAGUAAUAUCAACGAUUUGGCACGACCCGUGUCAUGGAAAACGCCAGCAAGUGUGGUGUAUCAGUACACGUCCAAUGGCAAAAGGCAACAAUACGCCCAGUCGUGUCCGCCUGGAUCGAUAGCUCGUAUGCAGCAGCCACGCGGUUCCCAACCGCAACAGCAACAACUGAGAUCCUUGGCCAACUGCAUAAUAUCGCUGAGGAAAGAGCACAAGACUACACAAACGUUGAGCAUUGUGGUCGGCGGCUUUAUUGCCUGUUGGCUGCCAUUCUUCAUUUACUACCUGCUUACACCGUUUCUAGAGCCGCAACAAGUCAGCCGGACCCUCACGCAUGUGCUCACCUGGCUGGGCUGGCUGAACAGCGCCAUUAAUCCCUUCAUUUAUGCAUUCUACAGCAUCGACUUUCGCGUGGCAUUCUGGCGACUCGUCUGCCGACGCUUCUGCAGCAACAUUAUGCGACCGCAAACACCCACCACCACUACAUCCAUGCGCCUGUAGGCCAGCAGAUGGGCGCACAAUCGGAGGUCAAUGGAUACUUUUGCGCAGAAACCCCUGUGUACAAAAUCGUAUGUAUGUGUUUAUUUCAUUUGACACACAUACAUACAUAUGAAUAUAUAUUUAGAGUUAUAAGCUGAAAAGUGUUUUAGGAUUGGAGCGUGCAUCGGAUUAUGUGUAGGCAUGUGAAGGUCUGCUUCAUGUUCAUAUACAUGUAUGUGUCUUCUAAUAUAAUAUUUAAGGGGUAUUAGUCAAGCAUUGUGCUCAGCGUCCAUAUGAAGCGACUCUUAAUAUGGACGGAUCGAUCGAUUAUUUUAUAAUCGCAAAGAUCCAUCAACCGUUUGAGGGGACGUGUUUUUGUACGUAUAUCAUUGUGUGUGGAGCAUGGCAUCUAAAGGCUUUUGCUAUUGACAGGGCUAAUAGUGUUACAUUGAUCAAAUCGGCAUACAAAAAAUGCGCUUGGCCGUAUAAAGUCUUAUUGUUUCGAGAAACGAUGCCAGAAUAAGCUAGUCAACGUCACAGACUUCUGAAAGUUGUGCUAUGGAAAAGGGUUACUAUUAGUAGUAUUCAAAAACUUUUGCCUUCAUUGUUCGGCCAAAGACUUUUCAGGCCACGUAGUAUUUACUCAGCAAGGGAAAGAUUUAAGAGCUUCGGAUAUAUGAAGUCUUGAAAGAAUAUUGAGCCGUUCCAAACGCUAUUUUAUUUAUUGUUAGUAAUUAACAUAAGACAAAACAUAUUGAUGGCAUUUAUAUACAAAAUAUAUGUACAUAUAUGUAUAUAUGAAUCAGAUCAUAAUUUAAGUAUUUUAUUACACAAAAUAUAAUAUAUGUAUAUCCAUAAUCUAAAAAUGUUAAAGUAAGAUUUUUUAUCUAGAAGGUUAUGUUAUAGGAAGACCAAAGACAGCUGAAUAAGCUCACUUACACAUAUAUAGUAUGUACAUAUAAGAUCAAAUGAACAUACUUGUAUGUAUGAGACCGUGUAUGUCAUUAUAUAUUAAUAUACUUAAUAAAUAAAUACUGUGUAUUUACAAAUAUCAAAAUCUUAAAAUUUAUACAAAAACGCCUAACUCCUUGUGAUGUCGCCGUGUAAUAAUAAUUAAUGUAUUCGCUUUCAUUUUACUUAACAAUAAGCUGUAAUUGUAUUGGCGUUUAUGUAAGCAUCGUAUAUAUGUAUAUAGUUAUGGAAUAAACAGCCGAACUGAGCCAUAUUAAAAACAAAUACAAAUGAAACGAUUUUUUGAAAAAUAAAGUAAGAAACUUUCCCGCAGUAUUUGUAUAUACGAGUAUGUACAUAAUUACUGUUAAAAGUUAAGAAAUGACUAAGCUCGGGCGAACGAAAUUCUGCUGUCGUUUAAAAA